AAAUCGAAUAUUCUGUAAGAUUUUGUGAAAUUCGAACAUCAAAUUAAAUUUAAGGUAAUAAUCAAUUCCUGCUGUUGUUUUCAACAGCAAUUCUCAAUUGAUAGCAAUAUAGUUUACAUUAAUUCGGAGUGGAAGCAUUCGGCAACAUCGAUAUUGGAAAACGAAUUAGUUAAAUAAAACAAAUAAUUUAAGGGCAUGUUGGGGCCUAGCUAGCCGGCAUAACGACCCAGCCUACCUUACUGCCGGCCCAAAAAACACUCCCCACCAUGCUCCCUUAGCUUCUUCUCUCAUGAAAUGAGUAUUUAUAUAUGAAUACGAUCUUCCCUCUUUCUCCAUAUUCACCAAAAUGGAUAUGCACACGAAGAAGCUGGUGCUGGAGGACUUGUACUUGAUGCAACGCCUAGGAAGCGGCGACAUCGGCAGCGUGUAUCUGGUGGAGCUCAAGGCCAAACCAGGCUGCUAUUUUGCGGCUAAGCUGAUGGAUAAAGAGGAGUUGGCUUAUAGGAACAAAGAGUGUAGGGCUGCCGUGGAGAGGGAAAUACUUGAAAUCUUGGACCACCCAUUUUGCCCCACCCUCCAUGCAACCUUGGACUCUCCUAACUGGUUGUGUUUCUUGACUGACUUUUGUCCCGGCGGCGACCUCCACCUUCUCCGCCAACGACAACCGGACAAAAGGUUCCAUCAAGAUGCUGUCCGGUUCUAUGCAUCUGAAGUGGUGGCGGCUCUAGAGUACUUGCACAUGUUAGGUAUAGUUUAUCGCGAUCUGAAACCUGAAAAUGUUCUUGUGAGAUCGGACGGUCAUAUCAUGUUGACCGACUUUGACCUCUCCCUAAAAUGUGAUCAUUCAACAUCGACGGCGCAGCUUGUAUAUGAUCCAAGAUCUCACGGCCGCGUGGUAGCUAAUACUUCAACACGAUUUUCGAUCUCAUCAUGCAUGCUGCCCCGUUGCAUCGUUCCACGUGUCUCGUGCCUCUACCAAAGACGACACAAGUGGAAAACCUCCCCAAUGAAAAACAGAGGAGGCGGGUAUCACGGAACCCUAAAAGUCGUGGCGGAACCGAUCGACGCCCGAUCAAUGUCGUUCGUCGGGACCCACGAGUACCUAGCCCCGGAGAUCGUCUCCGGCGAGGGGCAUGGAAAUGCUGUGGAUUGGUGGACAUUAGGAGUAUUUAUAUACGAACUCUUCUAUGGGGUGACACCUUUCCGUGGGAAGCACCAUGAGUUCACUAUGGCUAACAUUGUGGCUCAUGGGCUCGAGUUCCCUAGCGAGCCAGUGGUUGCAGCCAGUGCAAAGGAUUUGAUGACCCAACUAUUGAACAAGGAUCCAACUAAGAGAAUGGGGUCCACAUUGGGGGCUACGGCAAUCAAGCAUCAUCCAUUCUUUGAAGGGGUAAAUUGGGCACUUUUGAGAUGCACAAAACCACCAUUUAUUCCAAAAUCUUUUCAUGCUACGGAAUUUGUUUCAUCUAAUUCUCAUCAUGCUGAUGGAAAUAUAGAUUGCUAUUAGAAAAACCCAGGUCGCUAUUAGAUUUUGUGAUUUCCAUUAUUAUUUUCAUGAGAAAAUUAAUAAGUAUCCUACUUUGAUUAUAAGGAAAAAUUCAUUGUAUUAGUGUAUUAUUAUGUGUCCGAUGGCU